AUUUUGAAAAUUUUUCUAGCAAGCGACCUCUGAAAAUAGCCAGAUAUAGCUAUAAAAUAGCUAAGCUGGCAACAGUGCUCUUUGGACGCCAGUAAAAAUUGCAUUGCUGAAUUAAAGUGCAAAUAAUUGAAGCAAUGGAGGCCAAAGCCGAUUCUCCAGCGACACCAGCAAAUGCAACGCCAGCUGCAGAGGCUGCCAAGGAAAGCAGCACUGCGGUUGCCGCUGCCAGCAACAGUGCACAAGCGACAACAACUUCGGCGGGAACCACAGCAGCAGCAGCAGCAACAACAACAGCCAAUAAUUCCAGUGCCAAUACAGGAUCAGGAGCAGGGGCAGCAGCAGCAGCAGCGUCGGCCACAUCAGUCAGCAACGCACAGCAGCCACCGCCGGCGAAAAAACCAAACGCUGCUCCGCCUGCAACACGCGCCGAUCCCAGUGCGCUGCCAACGCGCCAAUAUCUGGAUCAGACAGUCGCUCCGGUUUUACUUCACGGUCUGCAGGCGCUGGCACGUGAACGUCCCACGGAUCCCAUACAGUUUCUGGCCUCGUAUCUGCUGAAGCACAGCAAUGGCUGUGAGGAAACCACCGAAGCCAGUACUUAGAUCUAGUUUAUUCUAAUCCCGUCCCUUGAUCCCUCUUACGUUGUCGUCCUAGCGUUGUAAGUGAUAAGUCCUUAAUGAAUGUUUAAAAUUACAUACAGAUAUAAUAAAUCGCAAUGUCGCACUAA